AAGUGACCCAUCAUCCAAAUAAAAGGUGGACUCCUCAGAUGUUUUUCUGGACCUGAGUGGUUCAGCAGCUGAGUGAGCAUGGACGCCCUGUCCACCCACAGCUCCUACCUGCUGCAGCAGCUCCAGGAGCAGAGGAUCCAGGGUCUGCUCUGUGACUGCAUGCUAGUGGUCAAAGGUGUCUGCUUCAAAGCCCACAAAAACGUCCUUGCUGCUUUCAGCUCAUAUUUCAGGUCUUUAUUCCAAAAUUCCCCCAGUCAGAAGAAUGAGGUGUUCAACUUGGUCAUCCAGGAUGUGAGCGGUAUGGGACAAAUAUUGGACUACAUGUACACCUCCCAUCUUGACAUCAACCAAGAUAAUGUUCAAGCACUCCUGGACAUUGCUCAGUGUUUGCAGGUUCUAAAUGUCCAGAUCAUGUGCAAUACUUUCCUCAAGCCUUGCCCUCCACCGGUGGAGAUCCCAUCAUUUUCUCUCCCGGGCAUGUUGAGCUCCGAGCACGACUGCCUCUUGGGAAGCGGUCUUCCUCAUGAUGUUGACCUCCAUUGUCCCUCAGAAACCCAGAGGACCAGCUUCAGCGCAGACAUGGACCACAACAAAAGGAUGCAGCUUUCUGUUUCUAAUAGCAGCACAAAUUGUGACACAGCCGGCAGCACUCAGGCGCCUGUAGAAAAACAGCUUGUCCACGGCUACAAGCUCCGUAACUUCUACAGUAAGCAGUACUUCAAACAGAGUGCACUUGAGACUAAUAGUGCAGCCUUAAAUCAAGCUCCGUGCCCCUUGGUGCUGGUGGAAGAGCCGCAGAUUCAGCUUGGAGUCGGUCAGGGAGGCAGCAACACUCCUGUAUGCUCAGGAAACACAGUUCAGCCCAAUCCUCCCUGCACAUCUGUGGCAGUCGACAAGAACCCUGUCUCUUCUUUAACACCCUCAGAUAAUUUAAACACCCCCAGCUCUAACUCAGAAGACCCCAUGCUCAACAAACCAAUACGCCCAAAGAAGGCUGUGUACCUAAAGAAAUACAACUACCUCCGGUCUCAGAAGGCUUUGGAGGAAAUGUUUGCUGAGUCCAUGAGUGAGCCUGUCCUCAGCUGUCCCAAAGAGAUUCAGCGAGAAGAGGCAGUGGUCCAGACUGAAGCUACAGAAGCUCCGGUUGAGGACCUUAACGUCACCAAGGAGCCUGUUGCGGAGAUGCCAACAGAAGUACAACCUCCCACAUCUCCACCUGUGAACGAAGAAGAGCAAAGUCUGAAGACUGUGCCCGAGCCACCGCUGCAGACCGGAAACAAGCAGUACUGUUGUGAGGUGUGUGGGAAGAUCUUCAAACACCCGAGCAACCUGGAGCUGCACAAGCGCUCACAUACCGGUGAGAAGCCCUUUCAGUGCAAUGUUUGUGGAAGAUAUUUCUCACAGGCUGGAAAUUUACAGACACAUUUGCGGCGACACUCUGGAGAAAGGCCGUACAUCUGUGAGUUAUGUGGUAAAAGCUUUACCGCAUCGGGGGAUGUCCAUCGUCACAAAGUGGUCCACACAGGAGAGAAGCCCCAUCUGUGUGAUAUAUGUGGUCGAGGAUUUAACAAUUUAAGUAAUCUCAAGGAGCACAAAAGGACUCACACCACAGACAAGACAUUCACAUGUGACCAAUGCGGGAAGUCCUUCAACACGCACAGAAAGCUUCUGAAGCACAAGGGCCGCCACACUGGAGAGAAGCCUCACAGCUGUGCCACCUGCGGAAAGUGCUUCAUCGGCUCAGGGGACCUGCAGCGCCACAUCAGGUCACACACAGGUGAGAAACCUUACAUCUGUAACGCCUGUGGAAAGAGCUUCACCCGCUCCGCCAUGUUGAGGAGACACAGCAACCGACACUGCAAGGGGGCUCCAACCGACAGCCCGCCCUCAGACAACUCUGACCCCCCCUGUAGCUCAGAAGGUGCCCCUGUCCCCAAACCUGUCCGUCUGAGAAAACGUCGUCCCGCCUCCACUUCGCAGCCUUUCUCCAGCACGACGCCCCGUGCAGGGUUAGAGAAACCCUCAUCGCCUUCACCACCACCAACACCUCAUACAGAGACUCCACCUCCCAGCAUGCAAAUCAGCCCAGCUCCCACCCCCACCCCUCUUCCAGAGCUGCGAUCCCUGGUCCCCCAUCACCUGCUCUCCUCCAACCACCAGGAGAGGAGCACAGCCAUGAUUCCUUCAGACCACAUGAAGCUUGCCAAGUCCCUCCACCUCUCUGAGGAGGCGGUGUACGGGCCGUAUGUGGAGAAUGGGAUGUCAGGGGAAAUGGGCAGAGAUCCGAUGGGGAGACCCUACCUUCCUCCCACAGAUAAUCACUGCGGCUCCAUCUCUUCCUCUAGCCGGCCCAUCAGUGGGUCGUACAGGUCCACUGAGGGCCAGUUUACCUCCAGUGUCACUCUGUGGGGCCUGGCAAUGAAGACUCUGCAGAACGAUAAUGACAUGGAGCAGUAGAAUAUUGCAUCUUAUGAGAUAUUUCAUGAGCAUAGCCAGUUCAGAGGGUGUGCAAUCCUCACCAAUGUUUUGAGCUUAUGUUGUCAUCACAUUUGUACUACUUGUAAAACACAAAUGGUAGCUAAGCAGACAUUAAAGAAUAUUAAAAUAGUU